UUGUUCUGUAAAAAGUAGGAAACUCUAGUAGACAUAAUCUGUGUUUUAUUUACUACUAGAAGUCAGUGUAUUUUGUUUAAAAAUCUUUAUUAUUUAUGCAAAGACAACUUUCCUUGCGGCUGCACAAGACGGAACUCAACAAACUGUACCCCUAAACUGAGAGAAAUAACUUUCAAAAGUCGACCUUCCAAAUUUAAUUGUAUAAUACGCACUCAGGACUGUAGAGUCAGUUCAUUAUCAUGUGUUCUGUGUACGCUGAUCAGUGAGUUAAAGGAUUUCACUAUUCAGCUCAUGUUUGACCCACAUCCGGAGACAGCUGCGCUGCAGUACAGCUACGCAUCAGGACCCUGGACAGCGGCCGAUGGAACGUUUCAUCGAUUAUGUUACGUCACUCAGCGUUGGAAGAAAGGCCGUGGCCAGUGCUGUCCUGUUUCUACUGAUCACAGUGAUUGUGAAUAUCAAACUCAUUCUUGAUACAAGGAGAGUAGCCAGUGAGGAAGAUGCAGCUCAAGAGUAUGAUGAUGCCCUGUCUAACAUGGAAACUCCCCGGAGACCAGCCAGUGGGAGGAAGGUUUUGGAUAUCGAGGUGUACUCUAGUCGAUCUAAGGUGUAUGUAGCAGUGGACGAUACCACUAGGCAGAGUGCCACUGGACAGACACAGAGCUGAACCGCCGGAGGAAACUCUUCUGCAGUAAAGUGGAAGGAUAUGGAAGCAUUUGUAGUUGCAAGGAUCCAGCACCCAUAGAGUUUAAUCCUGACCCAAUAAGAAACAC